AUGCAUAUCACCACCACAGUCACUACCCUCCUUACCCUGGCCCUCUCCGCCACGGCACAAUGCUCUCCAACCUGCCCUACCGACAACGCCAAAAACGUCACAAUCACAGCGAACAACCAGGAGCUCACAUACUUCAUCGGCUGUGGCCUCAACAUCAUCGGCCCUGACCUUGCCCGCUACCCCUCCACCGACCUGGCAGCUUGUGCCCAAGACUGUGCGAACAACGGAACGGCGUGUGUUGGCGCUACAUUCAUCCAGGUUGUGGGAGACUGUGUCCAGCAUUCGGAAGUUACGCAGCAGGCGGCUUAUGCGGCGAGUGCGAAUGCACAGAGCGCGGUGUUGAUGACGGGGCCGGAGGGAUGGGUGCAGCCUUUCCAGGAUUGGUGUGGGCCUUAUUGUCGGUAG